AUCGAAGGGGGAAUCACGAACAACGGAAGAAGAAAAACUCAGAAGGGAUCAAUCAAUCAAUCGGAAAAGGAAAUCGAUUCCGAGAAAUGGCGGAGAAAAAGGAUAGUGUGCCACCGGAAUACGAUGUGAAUGCUAAGUGGGACGCAUGUCUCGAUCUCACGACCCGUCGUUUCGUCUACUCCUCUCUCGGCGGCGCUUUCGCCGGUCUUCUGUUCUUCAGGAGUCCUGCUACAAGAUGGGCAUCGAUUGCUUUUGGUGCUGGAAUCGGUAUUGGCUCUGCAUACACAGAUUGCUCUCGUUCCUUUGACGCACCUUCUUCAUCUUCAGCUAAUCUAGCAGCUCCAAAGAGUACAGAGACUUCUGUAUCUCAGGCUACGGAGGAGUAGAAAACAAUGGUAAAGCGGAAAGCAAGUAAGCCAUGCGAAGAUCAGGGCAUUCAGAAACAGAGGCUAUCACACAAUGUUUGUUGAAUUGUUUCCUAAACCUGCAAGGACAAGUCUUUUGAGAUAAUACCAAAAUGUAAAACUCUUUUUCUUAUGUUAAUGGUUUUGAACAAACUGAUUUCAAUGUUAUAAUAUCAACCACACCUUGUUGUUCC